AUGCCCUCCAUUUCCGAUUCUGAUGAGCUGAUUUUUUUUGUGAAUGGAAGAAAGGUCAUAGAGAAGAAGGCUGAUCCCGAAGUCAACCUACUGAUCUACCUGAGGAAAAUUCUCCGUCUCACAGGCACUAAGUAUGGCUGUGGGAGCGGAGGCUGCGGGGCCUGCACAGUGAUGGUGUCACGAUAUGAUCCCAAGAGCAAGAAGAUCCACCACUACCCAGCAACAGCAUGCCUGGUGCCCAUCUGUUCUCUCCAUGGGGCAGCCGUUACCACAGUGGAAGGGGUGGGAAGCAUCAAAAAGAGGAUUCAUCCUGUGCAGGAACGGCUUGCCAAGUGUCAUGGCACGCAGUGUGGAUUCUGCAGCCCUGGCAUGGUGAUGUCCAUCUACACGCUGCUCAGGAACCACCCGGAGCCGACCCCUGAUCAGAUCACUGAGGCGCUUGGAGGUAACUUGUGCCGAUGUACUGGAUACCGACCGAUUGUAGAAAGUGGGAAGACGUUCUCACCAGGAGCUACUGUUUGCCAAAUGAAAGGAUCUGGAAAAUGCUGCAUGGAUCCAGAUGAAAGAUCUUUUCUGAGCAGAGAGGAAAAGAUGUGUACCAAACUGUAUAAUGAAGAUGAGUUCCAGCCCCUGGAUCCAUCCCAGGAACCUAUAUUCCCUCCUGAACUGAUCAGAAUGGCCGAAGAUCCACAUAAGAGGAGGCUGACAUUCCAAGGGGCGAGGACCGUCUGGUUCAUGCCUGUGACCUUGAAAGACCUUCUGGAACUCAAAGCCGGCUACCCUGAAGCCCCACUUGUCAUGGGGAACACCACAGUGGGACCCAGUAUUAAAUUUAAAGGCGAAUUCCAUCCAAUUUUUAUAUCCCCACUUGGGAUUCCAGAACUGAACUUUGUGGAGGGCACAGACAAUGGGGCAACAGUAGGGGCAGCAUACAGCCUGGCACAGUUGAAAGAUGCCUUGGAUUUUCUGGUUUCGGAGCAACCAAAGGAGAAAACCAAGACCUACCAUGCCCUCCUGAAACAUCUGAGAACACUUGCCGGGCCCCAGAUUAGGAAUAUGGCUACGGUAGGAGGGCACACGGUGAGCCGGCCUAACUUUUCUGACCUCAACCCCAUUUUAGCAGCAGGAAAUGCUACCAUCAAUGUGAUGUCUAAAGAAGGAAAACGGCAGAUUUCUUUAAACGGCCCUUUCCUUGAGGAGUUGCCUGAGGCCAACUUGAAGCCAGGGGAGGUGGUGGUGUCUGUUUCCAUCCCUUACACUACCCAGUGGCAAUUUGUGGCAGGGCUCCGUCUGGCCCAGCGUCAGGAAAAUGCCUUUGCCAUUGUCAAUGCUGGUAUGAGUGUGGAGUUUGAAGAAGGUACAGACACAAUCAAGGGUCUUCAGAUGUUCUUCGGAAGUGUUGCCCCCACUGUGGUCUCUGCAAAGCAAACCUGCAAGCAGCUCAUUGGGAGGCAAUGGGACGAGCAGAUGCUGAGUGACGCCUGCCAGUGGGUUCUGGAGGAGAUCCGCAUCCCACCAGAGGCUGAGGGCGGCAUGGUGGAAUACCGACGGACCCUCAUGGUCAGCUUGUUCUUCAAAUUCUUCCUCAAAGUGCGGCGAUGGCUGAACAAAAUGGAUCCCCAGAAGUUUCCUGACAUCCCAGGAAAGUUCGUGAGUGCUCUAGAUGACUUCCCCAUAGAAACACCCCAAGGAAUCCAGAUGUUCCAGUGUGUGGAUCCCAACCAACCCCAACAAGACCCAGUUGGACACCCAGUCAUGCACCAGUCAGCCAUUAAACACACCACAGGGGAAGCUAUAUUUGUUGAUGACAUGCCUCCCGUUGACCAAGAACUCUUCCUUGCCGUAGUCACCAGUACCAGGGCCCAUGCAAAGAUCACAUCGCUCGAUGUGUCGAAAGCCAGGGCAUGUCCAGGUGUGGUUGAUGUGAUUACAGCCAAGGAUGUCCCGGGAGAAAAUAACCACAGAGGAGAGAUUUUCUAUGCACAGAGUGAGGUCAUUUGCGUGGGUCAGAUCGUUUGCACCGUGGCUGCAGACACCUAUGCCCAUGCAAAAGAAGCAGCUAAACAAGUGAAAAUAGCUUAUGAUGACAUAGAACCAGCGAUUAUCACAAUAGAGCAAGCCCUGGAACUCAACUCUUUUCUUUCUCCUGAGAGAAAAAUUGAACAAGGAAAUGUAGACUAUGCCUUCAAGCAUGUGGAUCAAGUCAUUGAAGGUGAGGUCCAUGUGGAAGGCCAGGAACACUUUUACAUGGAAACGCAAUCCAUCCUGGCUAUCCCACAAACGGAAGACAAAGAGAUGGUGUUACAUGUAGGGACACAGUUUCCGACCCAUGUGCAGGAGUAUGUGUCUGCAGCAUUAAAGGUUCCAAGGAGCAGAAUUGCCUGCCACAUGAAAAGAACUGGAGGAGCAUUUGGGGGCAAAGUGACCAAGCCUGCUCUCCUGGGAGCUGUCGCUGCUGUGGCCGCCAACAAGACUGGCCGCCCAAUCCGCUUCAUCCUAGAGCGUAGUAAUGACAUGCUGAUAACUGCUGGCCGCCACCCACUCCUGGGAAAAUACAAAAUCGGGUUCAUGAAUAACGGGGAGAUCAAGGCUGCUGAUGUGGAGUAUUACGUCAAUGGAGGAUGCACUCCUGAUGAGUCUGAGAUGGUGGUAGAGUUUAUUGUGCUGAAGUCUGAAAACGCAUAUUGUAUCCCAAAUUUCCGGUGCCGGGGCAGGGCUUGCAAAACCAAUUUGCCGUCGAACACAGCCUUCCGAGGAUUCGGCUUCCCUCAAGCUACAGUAGUAGUCGAGGCAUAUGUAACUGCGGUGGCACUGAAAUGUAACCUACUCCCUGAAGAGGUUAAAGAAAUAAACAUGUAUAAGCGAACUAGCAAGACAGCCUAUAAGCAGACGUUUAAUCCGGAGCCCUUGAGAAGGUGCUGGAAAGAGUGUCUGGAGAAGUCAUCAUUCUACUCUAGGAAGCAGGCUGCAGAGGAAUUUAACAAAAAGAAUUAUUGGAAGAAAAGGGGGCUUGCUGUCACCCCCAUGAAGUUUAGCAUUGGGAUCCCCACAGCCUCCUACAAUCAGGCAGCCGCUCUGGUCCACAUCUACUUGGAUGGCUCUGUCCUGCUGACCCAUGGUGGCUGUGAGCUGGGACAAGGCCUGUACACCAAAAUGAUUCAGGUGGCCAGUCGAGAGCUCAACAUCCCACAGUCAUACGUGCACCUGUCCGAAACCAGCACCGUCACUGUGCCCAACGCUCUCUUCACGGCGGGCUCCUUGGGGACAGACGUCAAUGGGAAGGCCGUACAGAAUGCCUGCCAAAUUCUUCUGGAGCGUCUUCGUCCCAUCAUCAAGAAAAACCCUGAGGGAAAAUGGAAGGAAUGGGUUGCAAAGGCCUUCGAAGAAUCCAUCAGCCUCUCGGCCACCGGAUACUUCAAAGGCUACCAGACAAACAUGGACUGGGAGAAGGAGGAAGGCGAUGCUUACCCAUACUAUGUCUACGGUGCAGCCUGUUCUGAGGUGGAGGUUGACUGCCUGACGGGGGCUCACAAGCUCCUGAGGACUGACAUCUUCAUGGAUGCUGCCUUCAGCAUAAACCCUGCCCUGGAUAUCGGGCAGAUUGAGGGAGCGUUUAUCCAAGGCAUGGGACUCUAUACCACAGAGGAGCUGAAAUAUUCCCCAAAAGGUGUGCUCUAUUCUCGAGGUCCAGAUGACUACAAAAUCCCCACUGUCACCGAGAUACCGGAAGAGUUCUACAUCACUCUGGUGCACUCUCGAAAUCCCAUCGCUAUCUACUCAUCUAAGGGAUUGGGUGAGGCUGGAAUGUUCUUGGGAUCCUCAGUUUUGUUCGCCAUAUAUGAUGCAGUGACCGCUGCCCGUAAGGAGCGUGGGCUGAGCAACACCUUCCCCUUGAAUAGCCCAGCAACACCUGAAGUGAUUCGCAUGAGCUGCACAGAUCAGUUUACUGACAUGAUUCCCAGAGAUGACCCUUCAACAUACACACCUUGGUCCAUCCACGUGUCUUAA